AUGCGCUUGUUGGGGUUCGUUCCUAGGGGCCUCAUUUCCCCUGAGCUGAACGUCGCAGCUCCAGUCUUCGUCACUGCAGCGAGUCACAUCCUCGCGGAGGCAGCGAGGCGGAGGCAACUGAGGCUCAGGCAGCAGCAAGCAGAGGCCGCUGAUGGAGGAGGAGGGAGCCACCGAGGAGGGGGCAGCACUGCGAAAGCGACUGAGACACGCGAUGCCAGAGCGUAUUAUCGGGAAGCUGACCGCGUUACCUCCAGCUUGAUCAUCGCCAUGGACAGUCAGGACGUGGCGGCGGUCGUUGCGCUUGUGCCUCGUAAGGGGGCCCCCUUCAUGCUGGGGGCUUUGCUUCCGCAGCGCUCACGAAAUGACGGAGAGGGAAACGCAGGUGCUCAAACUAAGCAUGCACCUCGCGGAGAUCCUGAAGUGUAA